UUGAAGGGGAGUUUGGGACGGGUCUGUCCAUUGGACGGCUGGACGGACACAGACUGUGACAUAUUGAAUCAGCGCUCUACUAAUCGGACUUUAAUUCACAUUGAAUUCAACCAUGAAGCUCGGGGUGUACACAGAGUCAGUUUUGUGGCUUUGUGUGGACAGCAGAAUUCAAAGUUUUUGUAAUUGAACCAUGGAAACUAAAGGGAAGUGGACAGCAGCGACAGCAGAGAAGUCAUUCGACACACCGGCUGAUCAUCACGGAAGAAUGGACAAUGUGAACACUGGCCCGACCCGGGAUUGAACCUCCUGCCCCGGGCUCCUCCGGCUUCAUGUCCCCCUCCUCCCCGUGCCAAAUGCCUCCGCGGGGCGAGGGGGGCUUCAAGCCGGCUCCAGUGUCCCCUGCUCCGCCUGUCCCACCGAGGAGGCUCCGGGGCUCCGGGAGGACGCGACGGUCCGGAGCCGGGGCAGCGGGAGCUGGGGCCGCGGAGAGGCGGGUGAAAUGUGUGCUGGUGGGGGACGGAGCUGUGGGGAAAACCAGCCUGGUGGUCAGCUACACCACCAAUGGGUAUCCCACCGAGUACGUGCCCACUGCGUUUGACAACUUCUCAGCCGUGGUAUCAGUGGACGGGCAGCCAGUCAAACUACAACUCUGUGACACAGCCGGGCAGGAUGAGUUUGAUAAGCUGCGUCCUCUGUGCUACACCAGUGCAGAUGUGUUCCUGCUGUGCUUCAGCGUCGUCAGUCCCGCCUCCUUCCAGAACGUUCCAGAGAAAUGGAUUUCAGAGAUUCGGAGACAUGCACCCUUUGUUCCGCUCGUCCUCGUUGGGACGCAGUGUGACCUCCGAGAAGAUGUCAAGGUUCUCAUUGACCUGGCUAAGUACCGGGAGCGACCUGUAGACCCAGCAGACGCCCAGGACUGUGCGAUGGAGAUCGGAGCUGUGGCCUACAUGGAGUGCUCGUCCCUGACCCAGAAGAAUUUAAAAGAAGUGUUUGACACAGCCAUACUGGCCAGCCUGCAGAACUGCAGCUCCAGCAAAAAGCAUCCCAGAGGGAAGCAGAAACGACGGAAAAGGCAAAGGCAGACACCGGACAAGAUGAAGAGUCUCUCCAAGUCCUGGUGGAAAAGGUACUGCUGUGUGGCCUAAAGCAGAUCUGUGAUGAUCCUCUGUUACUGACUUUAUUCUGGUCUGGAUUCAUCUGGACUCAUUUUCUCUCUGUUGGAGGCUGACGCUGAGAAGCACCUCGACUUGACUGUGACUGGGAACCAAAGUAAGACUGUCACAGAUGUAAAAUAUUUUACUUUUUGUUUUUAUUCAAAGAGGAUUUCCAGUCUUCUGGUGAAUGAGAUUAAGUACUGAGUUCUAACAAAAUCUGCUGUAAAAAAUAAGCAGUCCCUCUUCCGGAAUUAAAUCGCCAUCAGCUGGGACUAACAGAAUAUCGCUCUAUGUCCUUAACCAGUCCAGAAAGUCUUGUCUAUAUUUGACACAAACAAUGUAAGCGUGUUUAGUCCAGUGUUUUCAUUCCCAAAGUAGGAUGGAUUUUUGUAGCCUGUGAAACUGAGCUUGACUUAACAGCAUCCAAACCUCCUUUUUUUAUUGUGUCUCCAACACUCUUGAUUAGAAAGAACAGCCUCCUGAUAAAGAGCGUCUCUCAGACAAAACAUUGUGUUCUACUAAGGCUGAGCCUUCUCAUUCUAUUAGUCAUCUUUAAUGCUUUUGUUUCAUGGUACAACACUUAUUUCCGACAAAACGUUUUAGGAUUUUCCUGAAUUAAAGCAAUGCCCGAGCAAGAUUCUUUGUGUAGAAACUAAGCUUUACAAAUCUCAAAGUGUUGCUUUGUCUAACAUAAUCAUGAACUUAGGCAAAAAUCAAGCCCAUGGUUUAUUGCAGAGCUUCUUGGUCUAUAACUUGGAUCACUGUUGGAUUAACUAAAUCCUUUAUUACUAAGCUAAUGAAAUACAGGUCAAACGCACACUACUGGUGCAGUCUCAAAAUCUUAUCUUAGUUUAUCUUUUAUUUUGCUCAUGAUUUGAACUAUUUGUGUGAUUUAGUCUGUCUGUAUCUUAAUAGAAAAAGGGUUAUAUUAUAUAGAAGGGCUCAGAAAGACCAUAGUAAUCAAUGAAGCAGAACAUACUAUAUUAGUUUCAGAUAUUUGUACUGAUUGUGGGGUGUUUGAUUUAUCUUUGCAGACACUUAAACAGCCUUACUGUAAGUGUGAGCACUCAACAGAAUUAGAUCAGCUCAGCGCUCUUUGCAUGUGUUUAAAUUUACAAAAUGGAUUCAGAUGUUUGUUCAUGUAGGUUUGUGGAAAUGAUGAUUUUUUUCAAUGCAGUUGUGUAUCUAAAACUGUGAAGUUUGAAUUAUGUACAUAUUCAGUGAAAUAUUUUCGUAUUAGGUGGUCGGGUUUGUUGCUCUGCUUUUUUUGCCUUUACCCAAAGCAUGCUUUAUUAUUUCAGUUGUAACUAAUGGUCAUUAUUUAUCAUUUUGCAUCUAAUUAUGCCCGGUUGGUUUUGCAGCAUCUCCUCUCUCCAAAGAAAAAAUUAAAAAGCAAACUUUCACUCAUAAUAUAUUGAUGUCAAACACUCAGCUGCCACACCUUCCUUUGUACAUUGUAGUAACUAAAGGAGAACAAAACCCAAUUAUUUACAACUACUUUUCUACAGUGCCUUCAACUGAAUGGCUCUUUGUAUCACUGCAGCAGAAAGAAAAAGGGUGCGACCAGGUCGCAGUCUGUAAUGGCCUUCAAGAAGAUUGGACAAUAUUUAGUGAGCAACAUCAUUCAUACUGAUAACACUGAAACACAACUCAUUCACUCUAGCAUUUCUGAGCACUAGGACAAUCUGAACCAUGGCCUUAACCAUUGUCUUAAUCCAAUUUACACCUUUCUCUGUAACCCAAAGGUUAUAAAAUAAGGUAACAUCUGCAUAGUGUUUACUGUGUAUAUGUAUUAAGCUCAACAAUAUUCAUUAUGACAUUUAAAAGCUGAAAACAAAACUCUGCUCUGGAUCGGUUUAAGUCAAGUGUAGGAGGAAAACCGUUUUCAAUUACGUGAAAAUUAAGACGUUUCUCUCAUCUGUGUUAGAGAAGCAGAUCUGCAUUACAGACUCUUCUGCAAAAAAACUCUGCGUGUGACCCCAACUGACCUGCCGAUUCUUCUACUCACUGGCUACAAGCUGUAAACCGAUGCAAAGAGAGAGUUGAGAAUUUAUUCUAAAAUAUAUUUUAACUCACGAUGUUGAUGAGAGGCCGAGUGCAAAACUGAGAUUUGAAGAAGUGUGUUUCAUGAAGCUGUUUGGUGAUUUUUCUGCUGAAGAUUUUACAACUGUGGAUGAAUGGCUUCACUGUGUCCCGAUGUUUUACUCAUGAUAGCAAAUGCAUUGUUUCUUGCUUGGGGAAAAACGCAUAAUAAGUCGCUUGUCUUGCUGUUUGGUUGCAGGGCCUUGUUGAUGGUGGAUUCAAGUUGGGUAAAGGUCGCUCUGACCCUUAUUUCCUCUAGCAGGUCUCAUCAGUGUUACCUUCUCAUACAGUAUGUAUAAUCUAUGGAGAGUACAGAACGUUUCUCAUCCCAAGGUGUUUGUUUGCAUCUGAUUGAAGCCUGCCUUUAUACUGAAACAAAUAUAAAAAUGUAUUCUUUCUUGAAUACACAAUAUCUGCUAUACCCCUUUGGAUCGGGUUCAUGUUGUCCACAAAUGAUAAUGUUAUGUGCCAAAUUGUAAAUAGUAACAUGAGUUGAGAAGAGUCAUAAUUUUCCUCACUGAUAGCUACUGGUUAUACCUCACAAAGUAACGCUAUAGUACUAAAACAUAGUAUAUUGGAAAGAGAAGAUCUGCAUUUCUAUUUUUGAAUCAAACAUUUUAUUGUUGGGUCUCCAAUUGUGGGUUUUUAUUCAUUUGAAUGUUUCACCUGCUUUUCAGGAGCCAGAAGAGGCUCAAAGCCCUGUAUGACCUGUAUGAGAGAGGAAUGGCUUUGUAAUGUUGAACAGACAGGUCUCUGAAAGUGAACUAUAGUGUUAAAAGAGUCAGAAAAGAGACAUAGAGGUGACUGGAUAGGAGUUGCUUGCUGGUUUUGUUGAAGGUUAAACAGAAAUGUGAAUGCUAUGUGUUUUGGAAGUCUGGAAAAUAAAAGUAUGACUGCAAUGACUUCAGUAAUUGUGAUAAAAAAUGUUGGAAUCUACAAAAAAUACAAAUAAAUGGUUGCUUAACGUGACUGACCUGGGAUUACUGUAAGUACAUUAGCUUUUCUCGGCACUGCCCUCCCACACAUGUCUAAUUGUACAACUAUAUCCCAUAAAGUCCAGUGAGGUAAAACAAAAAGCAGAGCGCCUGGGGAAACAGACAGAAAGGUUCAUUCUUGAGAUUUCAUUGUUUAAUUGAGGUUGAUACCCCCUGAAGCUCACCUGAGCUCACUCACAUGAGACACCAGCAGCGUCUCUUACCCUGUGUGAAACAUCCUUUCUCCUGCAUGUGAAAACAUUGUAACAGAGAUAUUUAAAAACAGAAAGCACGCUGCUGCGAUCUGCUCACACUGAACUCUCUGCGUCAGUCAGAGAAAGAAAUGUUUGUACAGAAGUUUUAUACCCUGAGAAAUAAAGAUGAUUUGAUAUAAUA